CUGUGACAUCACAAUAUACAGUCCAGGCUCGACUACAACGACUACAACAACGCCUGAGAAGGAGAAGUAACAGGCAGUUUAGAUACUGAUAGCAUAGAGGUGGAACACUGCCUGAAGGAGCUAGAAGGGGUCGUCAGCCAUGCUUCUGGUGCAGGGACGCCCAGAUUCCCCAACAAGAGCACGUCCACAGAAGAUCAGAAAAUGGCACACAUGCAGAGGGAUAAUCAAUUGGCCGGUAGAGUAACAAAUGAAAAGUAACUUGAUUCCACUGACCUGCUUAGCCCCACAUGGGAAGGAUGGAAAGAAGCAGCCCUUUGCUUUGAAACAGUGGAACAGCCUGAGAAAAUGGCAUGUGACAUUCCUAACCAAAGACAGCGGUCCAUGUCGACAACCGGAGAAGCGCUAUAUGAAAUUCUUGGUCUGCAUAAGGGAGCAUCGAAUGAAGAAAUUAAGAAAACCUACAGAAAGUUGGCUCUGAAACAUCAUCCAGACAAGAAUCUGGACAAUCCAGCUGCUGCUGAAAAGUUUAAGGAAAUUAACAACGCACACAAAAUACUUACCGACGUGUCAAAGAGAAACAUAUAUGACAAGUACGGAUCACUGGGACUUUAUGUGGCUGAGCAGUUUGGAGAUGAAAAUGUUAAUACCUACUUCAUGCUGUCAAGCUGGUGGGCAAAGACCCUGUUUGUCGUCAUCGGCCUCUUGACUGGCUGCUAUUUCUGUUGCUGCCUGUGCUGCUGCUGCAAUUGCUGCUGUGGACACUGUCGGCCCCGAUCAUCAAAGCCAGAAGAGGACUACUAUGUGUCCCCAGAGGAUCUUGAGGAACAGAUCAAGACCGACAUGGAAAAAGAUGUGGACUUCCCAAUUGUUCUUCAGCCUACAAAUGCAAAUGAGAAAACACAGCUAAUCAGAGAAGGACCUCGAAGUUAUUGCACAGACUCUUGAUACUGAGCCCAUUGAGAGGCCACAGUACUCUCUCUCUUGAUUCAGUCAUGUCUCUAGGUGGUCACGGAGGAGGGGAGGGGUCAUGAAAUGCUGUGAACUUCUCUACAUUUGUAUAUCAUUUUUGGGUUAGGGGAAGAUGGUUGCUACAUAACUUUUGCAGCAUGCAGACUUUCUCUUCAAGUAGAAUUCCCAGUGGAACACAUUCAAUGUUGAUGAAUAAAGGCCUGAAGAGUUGUUUUAAGAUCCUUGCAUGAGGUAAGAUGUGGCACUGGACAGCCGUUAUGAACCUGCCCUUUAUGUGAACCAGAUUUCUGUCCUCAGACAAAAGUGUUAUUCCAAAACAGAAGCUACGUUUCAUCCAUUUAACUAACUGCAAUAUUUAUAUUUGCCGCAAAUAUCAUCAGCAAAAUAUAGAUGACAAUUAAGGGUUUUUUUUUUUUUUUGUAUGUGGAGGUUUUUCUCUGUCAAUAUUCAAUAUGAUUACAGAAGUAUUUCCCAGAGGCAGGAAGAGAGGAUUGGAUUUAAAAGACAAAUUACAGUAUUUUAAAGUAUAUGUUUGGAAGAUUAAAAAUUGGAAUUUGCUAAAAACUGACAAGUAAAACUAAGAAGAAACAGGUUUGUGUGUACUCUUAGACUUGCUUUAAAAAUACUUCAAUCUGGUUAAAACUUAUAAUGAUCCAGAAAAUCAUCCUGAGACUGAACAGACCCAAACAAUGUAAUGAUCAUUUUUUAGUAAAAUUUUGUAUACCUCGCCCAGAUUAACUAGACUAAGGGACAGGAACAUGUGAGAUAGGGGUAGAAUUCUAAAUUCCAUCGUAUAAAUUUAAAUGUAAAGGCAUGCCACUUAUCCCAUUUUUGGUAGGAUUAAUUACACUGACCAGAAAACGCUCUGCCCUGUGCGUACUGGACAACUUAAACUCAGAAGUCACUUCCGCACUGGCUUGUUUGAUUCUUACAUUCAUAAUGCAGUUAGAAACCAUGUGCUGUUUCUAAUAUAGUACAGCAGCAAACGUGUUUGUUUUUUCCUAGGUCUUUCUUAGUUCUUUACAUAAUUUUGCAUUUUAAAGAUCCUGGUAUGUUUUAUAUAAUACUGCAUGAAAUGCCACUUCUUUCUUUGUUUCUUAUUUCCCACCGUCACCACCAAAUUA